UCAAGCUCAAGUUGUCAUUUGUUCACAGUUGAUGGAGCCUCUGGAUCCUGCCAAGAAUGAUGAAGGCAGUGGAUUCUCUAAUCGACGCAUUUCUUCGAUUUUAAAAGCACCAAGGAGAUCAGGCCGAUUUCCUGAGCCCCAGCAACAGGAACAUGUGGUGGAGUGUGCCAAACCAGUGGAAAAGAGGAUUUCAAGAAGAGUCAGUUUUGCCGAGGCCGACGACGUUCUUUUUUUCUCAAAGGAUGUCAAAAGUGCCUCUCCUGCCCAAAGUCCUUCACAAGAGUUAAUAACAACAACAGCGACAGCCACACAACAUGGGGUCCAAGUGGAGAUCACUGAAGAUGGGAUUCAACAAAUUAUGGGAAUGGAAACCCUGUUGAAUGCUCCUCUACACGCCUCUCAACAAAAGGAAACGGCCAACUUUGAUACUGGGCAAGACUUUGGGGAGAAAACUGUGAUGUUUUCUACAAAUGAUGCAUCCAUGGACAUGACCCACACUCACACUAUAAACACUGCAGAUGAUGCCGACAUUUCCCUACAAAAGUUUGACUCUUUGACCACCGUGGAUAUCACCCGAAGUCGUAAUAGGAACAUUGGCUCAGUAUCACUGCCCAAUAGCAGAAAUAUGGAUCUAAGAGUAGAGAAGAGCAACGUAUCGUCAUCAGCACUUACUUUGGAUCCCGGAUUUGAAAACUUUCUGGCAGGUCUCUAUAAACCGAGUGAACCCAGCGUUAAUCCUGUGAUCGCCACGAUGACGCCCGCUGCAUCGACUGAAAGAACAAACGUCUCCGUGGCCCAGCUUAAAACACAAAGGGCUGAUGUGGCCAAAGAAAACCAGGCUCCAACUUCUGUUCCAGCUGUGAUGGAGAAGUCACUCGGUACAUCCAGGAAGAUUGCCGAAUUAUCUUAUGGAAAUGCACUCUGGCCUGAAGAUGAUUCAAGAAUGGAUAUGACUGAAGCUCAGACGGGUCGUAUUCUGGGAUGCAGUGAUGACGAUGAUCCCUGUCAGUGUCUUUUCCCCACACAAGAAAUGUACUCCCGGCUUGACAGCAGAGUGUCACAGACCAAAGAGAAGACUACAACGCAGCAGAUCAGUAAACCACAGGCAUCGUUAAACCCUCAAGAUAUGCCAUUCUUGAAGAAUCCAUCUCUAAAGGAUUUUAAUCAAAGACACAAGGACAAUCUUGAUACAGCAGACGAAUGCAGAGAGAAAACAAUAAUGUUCACUGCAGGUGAUGAGAUGGAUAUGACCCAGUGUCACACGGUCAAUUUCGAUAAUGAAGACGACUACAGAGAGAAAACAGUGGGGUUCUCUGCUGACGACGUCUGUAUCGAGGUGACAAGAAGUCACACGGUCAACAUAGACACAGAUUUACAACCGCAGUCUCCCCAAAACGUGGACUUUUUACCUGCUUAUGGAGAGAGAACAGUGAGGUUCUCUGCUGACGACGCCUGUAUGGAUAUGACAAUAAGUCACACAGUCAACAUAGACACCGAUUUACUACUGCAGUCUCCCCAAAACGUGGACUUUUUACCUGCUUAUGGAGAGAGAACAGUGAGGUUCUCUGCUGACGACGCCUGUAUGGAUAUGACAAUAAGUCACACAGUCAACAUAGACACCGAUUUACUACUGCAGUCUCCCCAAAACGUGGACUUUUUACCUGCUUAUGGAGAGAGAACAGUGAGGUUCUCUGCUGGUGACGCCUGUAUUGAUAUGACAAGAAGUCACACGGUAGACAUAUAUUUUCAACCGCAGUCUCCCCAAAAUGUGGGGACUUUACCUGCUUGUGGAGAGACAACGGUGAGGUUCACUGGAACAGACGCAGCUAUGGACGAGACCGAGAACCUCACUGUAAAGUUCGACCGCAAGUCUGCAUCAGAUCGCCGAGAUUCGGACAUUUUAUCCAGCCAUGAAAACACGAAUCCUCCCCUCUCAGCGGAGAAGACCCAUCUUCAGCGGAGAGACCGAUCUUUAUCAGCAGGAUUUAAAACCCCCCGAAACGAGACAAGUGGCCCCGUGGCUAACCCUGUGAUCACCAGAGCAGCGGCUCUUACUGCACCGUCCCCUCAAAAAACUGAAGACACAAAUGACUUCCCGCCCCAAGUGAAAACACAGAAGCCCGAUGUGGAGACUGAAAAGCAAGCUCCAGCUUUAGUUCACUCUGCUGUGAAGAAGCCAACACUUAAAACCACGAUGGAAGAUCCAGAGCACGAUGUAAGCAUGGCAAUGAAUGAAACUCAGACGUGCUGCAUUUUGGGACAAACGGACGAGCCACCUCAAUGCCCCUCUUCCACACAGGACUUGAGCCCCAAUUCAGACCAUUUAACAAAAACCGAGGUCACUUCCCAGUUAAGCAGUGAAGCACUGGCAUCAUCCAACCUGCCUGAUUCUCUUCACUCAAAGGAAACUAUCACCGGGUGCGAACCAAGAAAUCAAACUUGUACAUUAUCUGCGGAGAUGGAGAAUUCACCCGGUGCCGUCAAACACGAUGUUGAAGCAGCGCCUUCACAGACGUCUUGGCGAAUUAGUUUGGCCGAUCUCCAAUCAAAAGUAAGACGUUUGAGCCACAUCAUUAAUACCGCUCCCGUCACCGUCGCCAUGGAGGCCUGCACAGCACCUCUGCAACACGACAUGGACGAUGACUCAAAAGAUGAAAUCGAAUGCCCACCGGUACCAGGACCUGAACUUGAAAUGGGUUUGGUGAACAUGGAAGAAAAAACACACGAUCAAAGUCUUAUGCAAGUAGAACUGCCCUGUCCUGCUACUACCUGUCCAACUCCUUUCAACCUGAAGACUAAGCAACUUCUGUCGAGACUCUCGGUGGGAAGCUUCAAGGCAAAACUCCCUCAAAGAGGCAAAGAUCCGAAGAAGCAGAAUUCUGCGGGAGAACAUAAAAGGACGGCUACUGUCAAUGUUACGAAUAAACUGAGCAGCUUUGACGAUGAUCUGAGCAAUAUCUAUCACGAAGAGCUCGGAAGCUACGAAGAUGUGUCAGAAACGCUGGACACGAGUCCUCAGAGAGCCGCUGGAAAAGGGUUCCACGUGGAUGAGCUGUUGGAGGACACUGUAUUUACAGAGGACGCUCCUAGUUCUGUCCAUGGGAAGAGGAGAUCUUUGCCAGUUGAUGAAAACAACAUGGAGGAUGAAAAGAGAAUGAAAACAUCUACUGAGGCGCCCACUGACGUUGAGUCGUCUCUACAGACUACACAGAGCACAGAUUACUCCACAUUUGAAUCAACUUUCAAACGAAGCCUGUUUGAAUCCCAGCUUGAAGACUACACCAAUGAUUUACAGAGGAAACUCGGUGAUGGCAACAUUACAGUGUCGGAGUUAUUUAAACUCCUCAACAUAGACAUAGACUUUGUCAUCCAUAAUCCUCGGCAAAGCAUCCUUCCUGGCAGACUUUUAUCAGACACAGAUUCCACAACAAUGGAUUUAUUGAAAGACAGAUACAUCUACCUUCCUAAACAGAUGGUGUAUAAGACGGACGUCCUAAAUCUCACAGAAAAGGUGGAGGGGUUGAAGUGGCGAAUGCAAGACCAGGACAGACCACUGAAGAUUGUUAAUAGAGCUUUGUGGGAAGAAGUGAGAAAUUCUUCAGAGAAAGAGCUCAAAUCAUUUGGUGCAAAACUAAAAGAGAGAAAUAACCUCUUCAGAAAGUUUAGCAAAGUUCAGUCCCAUGAAAUGAAGGAGGUGUUGUUCUCCAAUAUUUCGCAGGCUAGUCUGGAGGCGCAGCAGAGGCCGAGAGCAGCGGUUGAGGAAGCAGAUGAGAUGCUAAAAAGUUUGGAUGACUGUAUUCAUGACUUAGAAACCGAACUUACUGCCGUUGAAGAAACGGGUUUCGAAGACAAACCGAGUCUGAAAUCCCGUCAGGAAGAAAUGCAGAAAGUCGCUGAGGCUUUGGCGGAUAAGGAACAGCAAAUAGCCAAACUGGAGACGCAGAAGAAGCAGAAUUCAAAUAAACUGACCAGACUAAAAGCUGAGACGAGGAAGUUUGAGAGCCAGGUGGACAUGCUGCAUGGUUUGAAUGAAUGGAAGUUUGCAGAGAAGACGGACAACUGCACCACCUACACGUUCCUUUAUGAGACCGUGCACCUGGAGCUGGUCUAUGAAGAAUCCUGUGGAAAUGAUGCUGAUAAUCAGUCUGAGAGGAAAAUACUCCACCUCGAAUUCAAACUUCAACUUGACGGUGAGAAGUCCCGGGGUCAUGCCUGCCUCGUUCACGCGCUGCUCUCUGAGUACAUCGAGGGAGAAAGUGACUGGCUGGGGAAGUAUCCAACCGGCAGACAUGUUCCAACGCUGCUCCACGACGUCGGCCUGGUGGUGAGUCGCUGCCGUCUGCUGGGAGAGGAGCUGCGCCUGCUGCACCUGUGGGGGGGUCUACGCCUCGAUAUUCUCCACAUCAGCUGCGUGGACACUCGAGUGCACAUCAUCUUCAGCAGUCUCAAGACAUUCUCCAAGUUUGAAGUGGUCUUCUCCGUCAGUUUGGUCGACCGCCUCUGUGUCUUUCAAGUGCAGAGCUUCAAAAGCGUUAUUGGCAACACAACGAUCCAGCAGAUUGAGGAAAUCGUGGCGUCGUUCAGUCCAGCCAAGAACGUCCUGACCAAGAUCACCAAAAACAUUCAUAAAAAUCUGCUUUGUUGA